UCGCAAGCACCGUGCGAUGCAGCCGGAAGCUCUCGCGAACCGUCUUCCCAAAUCCUGUCUCAAAAUUAAUUAAGCCAAAUAUACAGCCGCAACUUGUCCCUUUUAUACCUCACAAAUACCGAGAGCCCUUACAGCGCGUUCAAUUUGGCUUACUCAUCAGCCAAAACUUCCGCCACCAAGCUUCUUCUGGCCCAACUUCGCGACACCUGCGAAGCCUGGCGUGAAAUUCGCCAUUUUCGUGCGGAGCUCGCCAUGGCGGCCGCCGUGCGCCAGAUGCGGUAUCGCUCUCGCGAAGCAGCCUUCGGUUUGCACCGAUUAGCUUGGAUCCUCCCGCCUGCUCGCUCAUACACCACUGUAACCUCUCCCACCUCCCCGCACACCCUCCGUUCGUCCCCCACCGUCCGCCGGUCCCCCACUUCUUCCGCCAUACUUGCGCCACGCUCCCUCGCGCCCGCCUUGUGCGCCGCUCGUUCCGCCUCCGUCCCGCAACUCGCGCCGCAGUUUUCGCCGCAAUUUCCGCCGCCGUCGAAACCACUUCCCGCAUCGUUCGCAUUCGCCGCCAUCUCUCCCCCGCCUCUACCGCCUCUUCCGCCUCCCCCGUCGUCUCAAUCCCUUCCGCCGAUCCGCAACCGCGGGGGCCGGGGGGGCAAGGAAGGCGGAUGGGGGGGAGAUCGCUGGGGAAGCCGGAGAGCGUCGUGGGCGGGCGCUGGCGGAGCGAUUGCUGCGGGAUUGGCCGGAGCAGUGGGGGUAGCUUGGGGGGAGGCGCGGAGCGGGAAGGGCGGGCGGAAGAACGGAGAUGAGGGGACGCGGGAGGGGGCGAAGGUGCGAGAAGGGGAAGGGAGGGAGGGGGGAGGAGAGGGGGAGGAGGAGGAAGGGGAGAUGGUGUCCAAUUGGAGCGGCACUCACGAGGUUCGGGCUGCUGUGGUGUACCGGCCAGAGUCCAUGCAGGACUUGGAGCGCCUUGUGCAGUCAGCCCACAGGAGUGGGCGCACCAUUCGCCCCAUCGGCAGUGGCAUCUCGCCCAACGGCAUCGCCCUGAACCCCCACGGCAUGGUGAACCUCGCCCUCAUGGACCGAGUGCUGCAUGUGGAUAAGGCGACCGGGAGAGUGAGAGUGCAGGCGGGGGCGAGGGUGGAGCAGGUGGUGGACGCUCUAAGGCCCUAUGGGCUCACGCUGCAAAAUUACGCAUCUGUUCGAGAGCAGCAGAUAGGCGGGUUCAUUCAGGUGGGAGCACACGGCACAGGGGCUAGUAUCCCUCCAGUGGACGAGCAAGUGGUGGCCAUUAAGCUCGUGACACCUGGCAGGGGCACGCUGCACCUGACGCCCGAAGCUGACCCGGACCUGUUCUACCUGGCUCGGUGUGGGCUCGGAGCGCUGGGGGUGGUUGGGGAGGUGGAGCUGCAGGCAGUGCCGGCUCACAGGCUCAGAGAGGAGACGUUCGUCACUGAUAAGGAGGAGAUCAAGAGGAACCACUGCCAGUGGUUGCAGCAGUACCAGCACAUCCGCUAUAUGUGGAUACCGCACACACAGGCAGUGGUGGUGGUGAGGAGCAACCCAGUCAAGGACGCCAGGGAAGCAUCGGCAGUGCAAAGGGGCUCAGCGGAGGAAAGGGCGCAAGGAGAGGGGCGCGCUAGCAGCCCGUCAUUGAGUGAGGAGGAGAAGUUGGCACAUGUGCGAGCGCUGUACCUGGCGUCCGUUGCUGCGAGGAGAAGCUCCAAGCCUUCUCAAUCCCAGCCCCCCCCCGAACCUACAUAUACCACCGAAGUAGCAGCUGGCAUGUGGUCCGGCACAGGUUCGGCCGAGCCUGUGCCAAGCCAACGCUUCUUAACCGAAGCUGAGGUUCGGGGGCUGUCUUUCACGAGGCUAAGGGACGAGCUGCUGGCGCUAGAUCCGUUGAAUCUGGACCAUGUGAGGGCGAUCAACCAAGCAGAGGCACUCUACUGGAAGCUCAGCCAAGGGGAGAGGGAAGGGUGGAGCGACGAGAUUCUGGGCUUUGACUGUGGGGGCCAGCAGUGGGUGUCAGAAGUAUGCUUCAAGGCAAACCAGGCACCUACUGGUACACACACCGAUGGCAGCGACAUCACCGACACUAGCAGCAGCGCUGCCACGAGCAGCAGCAGCACCAGCAGCCGCAGCAGCGGCGGCGGCAGCAGCAGCAGCAGCAGCGCAGCGGACAUUGCAUUUAUGGAGGAGCUGCUGGCGGUGAUAGAAUCAGAGGGUAUCCCCGCCCCGGCUCCCAUAGAGCAGCGCUGGACCAGUGGUAGCCGCAGCCCCAUGAGCCCCACCACCGGUGCUUAUAACGCUGCUAAUGCCGCCAUUGCUGCUGCCGGUCCGGCAGCAGGUUUGGCAGCUGCAGGUUCGGUGGCUGCUGGUUUGGCAGCAGAGGGAAGAGCGGCGCCUGAUGAUGUUUACUCAUGGGUGGGCAUAAUCAUGUAUCUUCCAUCCAACGACCCUGAUCAGCGGGCAGCCAUCACCAAACAUUUCCUCGACUACAAGUUUCUGACUGCCCGGAGGCUCUGGGACAAAUAUGGGGCGCACGAGCACUGGGCGAAGAUUGAGAUCCCCUCGAACGCCGGCACUCGUGAGUGGCUUGUGUCCCGCGUGGCUCGCGAUUGUUCGGUGGGCAAGUUCAACGAGUAUCGAAGAAAGCUGGAUCCGAGGAAUGUGCUGGCCAAUGAGAUGCUGGACGUGUUGUUUCCCCGUUGAUCACAACAACUGAGAAGAAUCCGUGACAGGCAUUUGGGUCCACACCACAUUCAUGUCAUUCUCUCCAUUUUUCUCUGAUCAUCAUAGUGCAUUCAUGCUGUUUAAGACCUAAAGCAUAAUUUCAAACCUCAUGGUGAGUCAACCGGAAGGGGGGUAAGGAUCUUGUUAGUGGUAAUAGCAUUCCUUCACCUCUUGUUAACUGUACGAUCCGAUCGACGUGAGAACAUCCUC